ACCCAUGGUGCUUUGCGAAAAAAAAUGGCUGACUGAUGAUAAUACACGCUGUGUUUCAUUCAGAAUUUGUAACUUUUUCCUUAAUAGUACAUUACAAAGUGUAGUAUAGUCAAUAAAUCUCUAACUAUGCUCGAUAGUUUAAUGUAAAUGUUGCUUUCUUAAAUCACGGAGGCAUACUCUUCUUCAUCUGUGAUAUAUUUUCAUCUUGACACUAACGUGUGUUUUUACAUCCUAAGAUGGCCUCAAUCGCAGCCAAACGCGAGGGACCGCAGUUCAUCAGCGAGGUGGCCGUCAGAGGAAACGCCGCUGUGCUGGACUACUGUCGGACGUCCGUGUCUGCUCUGUCCGGGGCUACAGCGGGCAUCCUCGGUCUGACGGGACUGUACGGCUUUGUGUUUUAUUUCAUUGCUUCUUUCUUGUUGUCGUUGCUCCUAAUACUCAAAGCCGGUCGCCGCUGGAACAAGGGUUUCAAAUCUCGACGUCUGCUCUUCACCGGAGGCCUCGUGGGCGGCCUCUUUACUUACGUGCUCUUCUGGACUUUCCUGUAUGGAAUGGUGCAUGUGUACUGAACGGACUUCAGCGCCUCACAGUACAUCAGCCAUACAAUAAAGGGGGGGCGAGAGUGCUGCUUGUUGUACCAUAGCUCGUUUUCUUUGCUUGAUGUUUAGAUCAAAUAUUUGACUAUAUAAUAAUUUUCCCCCUCAGUACUAAUUGAUUGCACUGAACCUAGAAUAUUUAAAUAUUGUGUGUUGUCAAAAUUUUCCUUCACUUGUCAUUAAUAUUCUCAUAAUACUUAUUAAAGAACUGGGUUGUUUUUAGGAUCUAUAGUCCAUUAGGGGAAACUCCUUUUUCCAGUUUUCUUUAAAACACUCAAGGUCAAUCUAAAGACACAACACCAACUGUAAACUACAAACCGGUUGGGUACUAUGAAAAUAAAUCAUUAACCU